GAACAUUCGUCAUGGCGCCUGCGGAGCUUGGAGAGCCUGCACGCGUUUGUGUCGCACUGCACUGAAGAGCUGAUCUGGCUCAACGAGAGGGAGGAGGAGGAAAUCGCCUUCGACUGGAGCGACAACAACAGCAACAUGAACGCCAAGAGAGAAUUAUACAGCGAAAUGAGGUUAGAGCUGGAUGAGAAACGAGAGGUGAUGCGGUCACUGCAGGACACAGCGAGUCGUCUGUGCGUGGAGAACCAUCCGGCCAAACAGACCGUGGAGGCGUACAGCGCAGCCCUGCAGACUCAGUGGCAGUGGGUGGACCAGCUCUGUUUUUGCGUAGAGCAACAUCUGAAAGAUAACACGUCGUACUUCCAGUUCAUGAGCGAUGCCCGGGACUGUGAGUCGUACCUGCGUCAGCUCCAGGAAACCAUCAAGAGACAGUACACCUGUGACAAGAACAGCAGACUGACCAAACUGGAAGAUCUGCUUCAGGACUCUAUGGAGGAGAAGGAGCAGCUGAUCGAGUACCGGAGCACAGUGGCGAGUCUGGUGGGCCGGGCCAAGACGUUGGUGCAGCUCCGCCCCCGCAGCGCAGAGAGCAACCUGGCCGCCACCACGCCCAUCAGAGCCAUCUGCGACUACAGACAAAUAGAGACUAACGUUCAGAUCACAAUAAGUCGAGGAGAGGAGUGCGUGCUGGAGGACAACUCUCAGAGGACCAAGUGGAAGGUGAUCAGUCCCACAGGGAACGAGGCCAUGGUCCCUUCAGUGUGUUUCACCGUCCCGCCUCCGAACCAGGAGGCCAUGGACACAGCCAGCAGGACGGAGCAGCUGUAUCAGAAGGUCAUGUCUCUGUGGCAUCAGCUCCACGUGAACAUGAAGAGUGUGGUGUCCUGGCACUACCUUCUCAAAGACAUCCGGACCGUCUCCACAUGGAACCUGGACACGGUUCGAUGUCAGUCUCCGUCAGAGCGGCAGCAGGUCCUCGACCACCUGGAGUCCCAGUUGACCGACUUCCUGUCCGACAGCAAAGAGAGCUCUCUGUUCACGCCGGCCGAACGACGAGAGCUGGAGAAGGACGUUCAGCAGGCCCAGCAGCACUGUCAGGACCUGCUGCACAACAUGGAGACGGUUGAGAAGGACGAGACUGUCUCUCGGUCGUAUCUGUCCGAGCUGCAGAACAUCACCCUGCGUCUAAAUGAGGCCGAGCAGAGGCUGAUGAGGGGCAUUCAGACUCCGCCCCCCAGCAGGCGGUCUGGAGACACUGCCGACAACACUGUGCAGAUCGCAGAGCAAGAGAAGCUGCAGUCGGAGCUCGACACCCUGCGCUCCGGUUUGGGUGACGUGUCCCGUCGCUGUGUCCGAUUCUUUGAGGAGAAGCCGACGUCCUCCAGCGUUCCUGUCCUUCGGUCUGAACUCAACCAGGCUGUGGAAAAGACAGACAAACUGCACAACCUCUCGUGUGUCUACCUGGAAAAGCUAAAGACCGUGGACAUCCUGAUUCGCAGCCUGGACGAAGCGGAGAGCCAAGUCAGGAAGUACGAGAGUCGACUAAGUGAAGAAGACAUAGUUCCUGCGGACACCAUGGCCAUUCAAAACCUCAGAGAUCAGCUGGAGAAGUGGCAGGAUGAACUGGCCGAGCAGGGGGACAUCUUCCUCUCUCUGCAGUCAGUUGUGCUUCGGGCCAAAGACGCCGGGUCUCAGCUCAGCAAGCUCCACCCUGACCGCAGCCCUGAGCUGGAGCUCUACCAGGAGAGAGCCAAUCAGAUGACGGAGAGGUGGAGCGGAGUUAAGAGACAGAUGGAGACACGACGAGCUGAUCUGGACGCUCUGGGCUCGGCUCUGCAUCAGUACAGAGACGGUCACUCAGCUCUGAUCCGGUGGAUCGAAGAGACGACGGAGAGACAAGAAAACACACAACCUGGACAGACUGACAGCAAAGCUCUGUCCGAGCAGCUGGCCCAGCAGACGGCAUUAGUAGCUGAGAUUGAACAGAACCAGACCAAACUAGAUGAGUGUCAGACUCACUCCAAACAGUACUGCACCUCAGUGAAGGACUAUGAACUGCAGCUGAUGACAUACAGAGCCUUUGUAGAGUCGACGCACAAGUCGCCUGUAAAGAGGCGGAGGAUGCAUUCUUCUUCUGACGCCAUCACUCAGGAGUUCAUGGAUCUACGCACACGCUACACGGCCUUGGUCACCUUGACAACCCAACAUGUGAAGUACAUCAGUGAUGCACUGAGAAGACUAGAAGAAGAAGAGAAAGAGGUGGAGGAGGAGAAGCAGGCCAGGGUCGGCCAGGUGUCGGAUCUGCUGGGCUGGGUCAAAGGUCUCCAGGGACGGACGGGCGGCCCCAACGCUGAGUCUUCACUCGCAGCUCAACAGGCCAUCAGUGAACAGCUAGCAGCCAAGAAGGACGAAGUGUCUGAAGCCAUCAGGAACACUGAGGUCUUCCUGUUAUCAAAACAAGCCAGCAAGUUGUCCCCAGAGGAGCGCGCUCACGUGGAGGCUCAGCUGGACCAGCUCACGUCCACCUACAACCAGAUGUGCGACAGCUCCACCCAACAGCUGCAGCAGCUGGAGCAACAACUUGCCAAAGAGGAGGAGAGAAAGAACCAAGUUGCCAUCGCUGGAGUAAUCGACCUGGGAACGGUGGAAACAUUCCCGGUGUUCCAAGCAUCUCAGCGCGGUCUUAUUGACCAGGACACCUGCCGUGUACUCCUGGAGGCCCAGCUCAUCCUGGGUGGGCUCGUCCAGCCUGACUCUCCACUUAGUCUUACACUGGAGCAAGGUCUAGCUCAAGGCCUCAUCGACGCCCGCACCAAGGAGUCACUGUCUGAGCUGGAGAAUGCCUUGAUUUUGGUGGGAACUACUGAAUCUGACCAACAAACACCUGUGCUGCCAGUGGCUACGGCCAUGGAGGCGGGGCUCUUCAAAGAGGAGGUGGGACUCCGCAUUCUGGAACUCCAGAUGAGCACCGGAGGCCUGAGAGUCUCAACAGGAAAACUGAUUAGUUUGGAGAAAGCAGAAGACAUGAGACUUUUGACUCCCAGAACUGUCACCAAACUUCAGUCAAGACUUCAACACCGAGAGCUGAUCGAUCCAAACACAGCUGAAAAAAUAAACCUGUAUGAGCUACAACAGCGCUGUGUCUUCGACGAUGACUCUGGCCUCCUUCUCCUCCCUAUCAAACAACAACCUGGAGGGACGGUCUGCCUCCGCUCUGGGAGAAGAGUCGGCAUCUUCCGCGCAGUCCAGGAAGGUCUAAUUGAUCACAAAGUUACGGUUCGGCUGCUUGAAGCUCAGCUCUUUGCCGGUGGUAUAGCUGACCCGCGCUCUGGCCACCAUCUGACAAUUAAUGAGGCUGUUCGUCUCGGGCUGAUGGAUCAGGAUCUAGCUUGUGCAAUGUUAGCACGUCAGAUGCAAAAUGGGGGAAUUAUAGACCCUCUCAGCAGAGAGCGCCUGGAUUUGGGAGAAGGUAUUCACAGAGACCUUCUCUCCUCUCGUUUGGCUCUGUUGGUCCUCGAGUCUCUUUGGGCUUUCGUGGGACUGCUGUGGCCUGAAUCUGGAGAACUUCUGCCCAUUGCUGAGGCUCUUCAAGAAGGAGUGAUCUCAGGAGAACUAGCAAGAAAUAUCCUAGCACAGCGUCAUGCCAUUGGGGGUCUGUACAACCCUGAAACUCUCCAGGUGCAGCCCUUAAACCAUCUGGCUUCGUCCCUUGAGCCCAGUGUUGUCAAUUUUCUCAAAGACACCCACAUCCCAGAUGUUCUUGUCAACAUGAAUAAGUCUGGCACACCACCUUUAAACCGCUUGAGCUGGGGUUCCACCAGUUCCUCUUCACCUCCAUCUUCUCCCGCUCCUAUAUCAUCUCCUGCAGAUCAGUUGUGUGAUGCUACGCCAGCAAAAGGAACGGAUCCUAAAGAACAAGCAAAACACAAGCUGCUAUUUCACCUCAUGACUCACAGCUUUGUGGAUGCUCAUUCUGGAAAACGACUGGUGCAGCUGGACCCUGAGCUGGUGGAGUUGGUCGAAGCUGCUCAACUGGUUCCUGGAGACUCUGUAAAUCAAGCUGAGACUCCAGAUAAGCAGGGGAAGAUGCAAAUGGUGAGAGUGGAAGUGAGUGAAGAAGUGAGGGGGAAACAAAUUAAAGUUGAGGAAGAAAAUGUAGUUACACCAAGCAAGGAUUUGGAGAUCUAUGGUGCAAGUGGUUUAGAAGAAAGGUAUGAUGGAGAAUUGUUGAAGAAACCAUCAUUAAUUGUAGACAGUGAUUUUACAACAAAAGGUGGAAUCAAGGUCGAUAAAGAUGCAAAGGUCACAGCUAAGAAGAAAGAAAAGGCCAACGUUCAAAGUUUAAUGGCUGUGGCUAAAAGCCCAGAAGAGCUGGUGGAAAUUAAAUCCAAACCUAGAGAUAGUAUUUGUCUGGAAGAACCCAUCCCACUGGAAGCAAAAACAAGUGGAGAUGUUCAUUUAAAACAAUCUGGUGAUAGGAAAGAUAUAAAACCUUCCCAGGCUGAAUCUGAAAUGAUCAAACAACAGGUACCUGUGAAAGAGACAGACCGCAAGAUCGCUGAACCCGAGGUUGAUAUUCUUGAGGCUGCAGGGGAGAUGGAGGUAGAAAAUGCUGAGUUGUCAAGGUUAGUCCUGGAGCUAAAACAUGGUGGUCUGAUGACAGAAGAAGGGGAAAAGCUGCUUCCUGAUGAGGCAGUAGCUCAGGGUGUCCUCCCCGGCCAUACUGCAGUUAAAUUAAUGGCUCAGGCAGGUCUGUUUGGGGGUUUCCUAGAUGCCAACAGCGGUGAGUCACUUAGCAUAGAGGAUGUCAUGCAGGAGGGUUUGCUAGAUGAAGAUCUGAUGUGGAGUGUCCUACAGUCAGAUAAAACCCUUGCAGGGAUUGUGGACUCAGAGAAAGGGCAGAUCUGUGGAGUCAGGGAGGCAGCUCUGGAAGGGUUGAUUGACCCCAACACUGCGGCUAGACUUCUAGAAGCCCAGGUGGCUUCUGGGGGAAUUGUAGACCUACGCCGGGAUAAGAAAGUCUCUGUCACUCUUGCAGCAAACCUGGGUUUGAUUGAGGAGGGCCAGAGAGAAGAACUGGUGGCACUAGAGAAGGCGUACAAAGGAAAAGAUACGGAUUUAACAACCGCCCUCAAAAAAGCCAGUUUACAGCUACAGAUGGAAGGUGUUAUCGACCCAGAGUCUAAGUCUGCAGUUCCUCUGGAGCAAGCAAUUCAAAAAGGGUUGAUUAAGUCAGAUGAGGCUUAUCAUGUGUUGGCAAGGCAGGUGGCUGAGGGUGGUAUAAUCCACCAUGCUUCAGGAAUGAGGCUUUCUGUGUGCGAUGCUGUUGAUAGAGGAUUAGUGGAUCGAUCUAUUGCUCCUGGUCUGGAGGAGCUGGAGUGGGUCUACCAGGGAAAAGUUAGCCCCUCAUCUCAGCCAGAUGCUGUUGUACUCCAGGCAUCGACUGGAGCAGUUUUAGACCCUGAAUCUGGACGUAAACUGACAUUGACAGAGGCUGUUUCUAAAGGUCUCCUGGAUGAGAGCAUAGCUAGUGAAGCCAUGGCUUCUCCCACGGUGAUACAAGGAGCUCUGGACCCUCACACUGCUCGCAUUGUGCCUUAUUCAGAUCUUGUUAACCAGGGAAAGAUCGAUAUUGAAACAGGCAAACGUUUCUUAGAGGUUUUCAGAAUGAGCAAAACCGGAGACAGUUUGACCCUUUCUGAGGCAAUUCGGUCAAAGCAAGUUGACCCAGUUCCGGCGUUGAGGCUUCUCCAAAGCCAGGCAGACAGUGGAGGGAUAAUUGAUAUAAAGACUGGAGAAAGACUCCCUCUAUCUGAAGCCAGUCAAAGAGGUUUAGUCGGAGAUGAUAUGGUCAAAGUAAUAGCCUCCAACCAAAUGUUUGAAGGAGGCUUGGUCGAUCCCUCCACUAGGAAACGGGUUUCUAGUCUCAGUGAUGCUGUUGCAGUUGGACUGAUAUCCAGUCACAUGGCUGCUGAGAUUCAGGACAAAGUGGCUUCUGCAAAGAUUGAGGGUGAUGAAGAUAGUUCUACACCUGUUGCCUCAUUAAGUAGCACAUACAGCCCUGCUAUUGUAAUGUCAGUGUCGAGCAGUCCAGCAAACUGGUCAGAUGGAAACUCAGAGGAAGGUUCAGGAGUUGCACAGGAUGAUGAAAAGUAUUUUGUAUCAGAUAAGUCACCGUAUUACGAAAUGGAAGAGGACAGAGUAGAGGUGUCGUCAACAGGAGAAUCUUUAAUCGAGUCUGACCAGUCUAUGGACCUCUUGAGUCAUUUUGCAGCUAAUGUUGAGAGAAGGAUUCAGCAAGCCAUCGGAGAGAUAGCGCCACAGAAAGACAGAAUAGAGAGCCGUCCCAUACAGGAGCCAGAUGAGAAAGUGCAGAUACGUGAGGGAGAGGUAAGUGUCUAUGAUACUGACAAAGAUUCCCAGGAAGAGGUGAGAAAAGGAGCUGCCAUUUUGAAGUCAGAGAGGGAACCUGUGUUUGUUGAGGAAAAAGAGUGUCGACCCUGUGAUGAGACAUCCGUGGUUCAUCGUGUUCUUCAGACAGGUCCUGUGGCAGCAGAGAUUAGAGAUGAGAAAGAAAGCAAAGACAACACUGACUUGUCUAAAAUGACUGAGGAGGAAUACAGAAAGAGUGAUGUGACAGAACAGAGGGAUGAUGGGCUGGAUGGUAAAGUUGUGGAAGGAGAGAAACCUUUAAAGAUCCAAUUAAAAUCUGAGGCAUCAGGCCUGAUAGUGACCUCUGCAGCCAAAGAUACAGAAAGCAAAGGCAAGAAAAAGAGGAGGAGUAAAAACAAGGGAAAGGUUAAAGAAGCAGAAAGUGAAAUACAACCUGCAGAGAUAAAACUGCGAUCUGAAAUCGACCGAGCAGACGCAGAAAUUGAAGGGCGGCCUGAGGCUGCAGAUGCAGUCACUGAUAACUUUCCAUCGCAAGACAAAAGUGAGAAAAUGCAAAUUCAUGGUCGAGUAGCUUCCCCAGAGCCUCCCAUUGGAGAGCGUGAAUCAAAGACGGAUUUGAAAAUUGAAUAUGAAAAUAAUUUGCUGGAACAGAGACAAGAAACUGUUCCAGCCACUCUGCGAUUCACAGAGCAAAUUAUUGAGCCAGAAGAGGGUGAAGAGGAAAUGAUGUUCUCUAGGGAUGUAGAAAAGUGUGAUGAGAGAGAGAAGAUAAAAAGAGAGCAGGAGAGAGAAGUUGGAGUCAAGGCUUCUGUCUCUCAGGAACCAAGACGAGAGAGCAGGAAGGAGCAAGAACUGCCUCCGAAAUCUGCUUUACCAGAAAACCAGAAAGCCGCUUUGAUUCUGAAGGCCAAAGAGAGCAUCCUGAAAAAGGUGUUUGAAAAAGGAGUGAGUGAGAAACAGGCUGCGGAGGAGCUGCAGGCCCUGAGGAAAGAGGUGGAGAAGAAGGAGAUUCAAGGCACGACUGCAAGAGAUGUAAAGGCAAAACCUCUGCCAGCUAACGAUGGAGUGGAGAGUCAUGAUGUCAGAGAUGUCAAGGGACUGAAUGGUUCGUUAAAAGAAAAGAAGAAGGAGACGAGUGUCAGAGAAGUGGAAGUGGUAAAGGUCAAAGGAGAUAUGACUCCGGAGAAACCUUCCGUUAACGAGGGCAUGGACGUGUUGGAGGCUCCGCCGCAAGAGAGAGGAACGAUCAGUUCUGGAAAGGAAGACGUGGAGGCAUCAUCGUCAGUGAAGCCUAAAGAAAUUCAGAAAAGCAAACGAAGCAAGAAGAACAAGAAGUCCAAGAGUCCAAAUGUGUCCGACAAAGCUGAGCAUGAUCCUGAGAAAACAACAAGACCAAAUUUAGAAAGCUCAGAUUUGACGAAGGAGCAGACGAUGGACAGACAUAUUGAUGCUGAUGUCGUCCAACCUUCAGCUGGUGAUUCAUUAAUUAAAGCUGAGAUCUCUGCAAUUACUGAUAAAGAAGUUGAGACAAGUCGACAGAGUUUACACGAGUCGGAGGAACCCAGUUCUCACGUUGAGGAAGAUAUACGAGUUGCAGAGGUCACGUCGAUUGACAGAGAACCGUCUCCUUCAGAAACCGUAAGUGAAGGCGAGUCCAUCAAAGCUGUCACAUGCAAACCAGACAAACAAGCCACAGCUCAGCGUGUCGCUCCUGUCGCACAAGUAAAAUCAGCUGGAAAGGGUAAAAAGAAGAAAGUUGUCUUAAAGGAACGACAGCAACUUGUCGAGUCUCCAGAUUCUGCACCUUUACUCUCAGAGGAUACGUCAACAGAGUCUGAAUCAGCUGGAGUCCCUGAGUCUGAUACAGCCGCUGAGAGCUGGGGAGAGGAGGAGGAGGAGAAGGAGGAGGAGGAGGUCGGAGAGAGACGGGAAACUGAGCCAGACAAAGAGGGGACGUCCGUCACUGGCAAGUCAUCAUUAAGGCGUCAGGAAUGUUUGGAGCACGACCAGAGAAUCGUAGCCUUGGUCUCCAUGGUGCGACAUAUCGAAGUCCGACUCAAACAGCAGCAACAGCAGUCUGUUGGUCGCAGCCUCAUCGCUCUGGAUGACAUCAUCAGGCAGACAGAGACUCUGGACCUUGAACUGCGCGACUUGGAGACUGAGGUCACCAAGGAAGUGGAAGCAGCCGAGCUACUGCUGAAGCCCCGACCUCAAGAUGUUCCUCCGCAGCUCGUCUUGGCUCUGGAGAAGGACGGACGCAGCCUGGCUCGAGGGUAUGAGGCUGCUAGGUCGCUCUCUGACGGCAUUCUGAAAAGCCUGCGAGACCACAGAGACUCAUACAAGGAGGCAGUGACGGCUGAGAAGAUGUCACUCGGAGGAAAGGUGGAGAGUCUGCUCUCCUGGUUGAAGGAGACGGAGGCUGAGAUGGAUGGAGGAAUUGCAGGAAUGGAAAAAAUGGAGAAAUCAGAGAAGGAGGACAAUUGUGAUCAGCUCACACAGCAGCUGAAUCUUUGCAAGGAGCUCCAGUCCUCUCUGAUGGCUCGCUCCAAUGAGGUCAACAACGUUGCCUUUGAGAUCCAGGUGUUCAUCUCAGAGCGGGCUCAGGACCUGGCCCCUGAGCAGAGCAGGCAGCUGCUGGGGCAGCUGCAGGAGCUCCAGAGGAGCUUCCACAGAGCGUCGGGCCAAGCUCAGGCCUGGGCCGAUGCUCUCUCCGCCCAGAGAGAGAGGGAGGAGGAGUGGCAGCGCAGGAAGAGAGUGAAAGAAGAAGAGAAGGACAGAGAGAGGCAGAGUGCAAGGGAGAGAGAGGUGGUCCAGCAGCAGAAAGCCGAAUGCUCCCAGAAACUCGAAGGCCUCAGCAUGUGGUUGGCUGGAGCUGCCAGUUUGCUGGCCAGUCAGAACGCUGGAGCGGAGUCAGGUGACGUGGACGUCCUGCAAGAGAAGCAGAAAAAGCUAAAGGAAGUGCAGAAGGAUCUCCAGACUAAAGGUGAGGGCAUCGCUGAGGCCAUCCGCUCAGUGGAGGAGUUCCUGUCAGAACGUGGAGACAGUCUGAAUCCAGAGGAGAGGCAGAACCUCCAGAGGGCGCUGACGACAAUGAAAGAGCAGUACAGCGCCCUGACAGAUACAGCGAACGCGUCAGUGUCCGAGCUGGACACGGCCAUCAACAACACCGUACAGCAGAACACACAGCGGGCGAAGGCGGAGGAAGAACUCCAAGAGACAAAGGGUCAGAUCGACUCUCUGCUGAAAGACUUGUCGUCACUGAACCAACCAGGACGACGAGGGGCUGGAUCUGUGAUGGCUCAGAAUGUCGUCGAUGCACCGCUCUCACAACCAGAGGGCGCCGUCUUGUCCCACACUGAGAUGCUGCAGGCGGAGCUUCAGCAGCUUCAGUCUCAACAGGCACAGCUUCUUCAGAUCACCCAGGCGACCCGGUCCCUUUUGGAACAACCCGACUCCACUGUUCCCCCUGAGGAGAAGCAGCGUCUCCGAGCUGCCCUGGACCAGCUGCAGGCCCAGCACCAGGACAGUCUGCAGAGCUGCCAGGACCGUCUGAGGAAGUCUGAAUCUCUGAAGGAUGAGUUCACAAAGUUCCUCCAAGAACACGGAGGUCUUGGUGCCUGGUUGGAACAGAGCGAACAA